GGUCUGAACAUUAGUUCAGCAAAACUGUGCAGACUGUACAGGGGUGUCCACACGCCUCAGGGUAAGCCACCCCCAUUACGGGUUACACUGGACUCUGCCGAAGAGGCCGAAAAAGUACUGUUAAUGGCUCAGGUACUAGCCCUGGACAGAAGUUCUAACAUAAGAGCGCGGCAAGAUAGACCAUGGGCCGUCAGAAAUAUGGCGAGGGAGUCACCGGAACUGAUGCCUUCCACCUCUAUGGUGGUACACGGUGUUCCGGAGCUGGAAACCGGCACUGCUUGUGAAAAACACAUGCACGACGUACAACAAUGGAGAUGGCUGUCAUCUCAGAUGGCCCCUGGCGCUUCUGGAGCCAUCUCCAUUUUCCGACUACCUCGUCCCGCUCAUCUAACAUUGAUUAACUCUCCAAAGCUGCUGUGUGUCACAUUCAACUCCCCGGAGCAGUUGUCCAUAUCACUUCAACGGUGGUAUGAGACCAAGGGAAAAAUUGGAGGACACAUCCGAUGCUGUGAAAGCAGACCCAGAAAUAUAAGGAGGCAGCAAACUGAGGCUUUAAUACGACCCCAAGCUUCGGUGACACUAGAGCGAUGCAGCUCUGAGAAUAAUAGUCUGUGUCUCCCAAGUGUCCUGCCUAAAUCCAUUGAAAAAAACUACAACGGGCCGGUUCUAUCGGAAUCGGCCAACUAGUUCCAACAUCAAGUCCCCCACCAGCAGACGGUUUCACGUCAACUACCCCACAACACUCUGAGGUUGUUAGACUCACUGUCAGUUGCCUAUAUAGCAAUGUGAGGGGGCUGAGAGGGAAAGUAGGUGAACUUCGAAAUCUCCAAGCACACCUUCAACUGAAAAUAAUCAUUCUUACUGAAACGUGGCUAAACCCCACUAUCGCCGACAAUGAAAUCAGUAUAGGUG